AUGGAAACGGGAAAAGAAACGAAGAAGAACGAAAUAUCACUGUUGGAAAUUAAAAGAAAAGCACAAAAUGAGAAGGAAUCACAAAAGAAUGAUAACAAGCCUAGAAAAUUCCGAAUUAUUAACUAUACAUCAAGAGAUAGCUUAGUUGCAAAAGCAGAAAAAGAUUUUUUUCUUUACUUUUGUUUUUUAUGUGGUUUUAAUUGCUUAAUAAGUGAAAUAGAUAUUAGUCAUUUACCUACCAGAACAACAGAUGGAUCCAUAAUAUAUCCAUUCAAAAAUGUAGUACAUAAAAAAUUCCAUAAAACAAAAAAGGAACAUAUACUCAUACAAAGAAAUAAUGAAGCAAUCGAAGUGCAGUUUAGAAUAUUAUGUAAAGAAUGUCAAGUUCCAAUAGGUUAUGUAAACUGUCUCAGUGAAGACAAUUCUCUUAUUUAUUAUUACGACUAUGCUUUUGUUCGAGACCAAACCAAGUCCAAAUUUCUUUCAGACGUAUUGUUGUGA